AUGUCGGACCCCAGCUACUGGACUGCCGCGCCGGCCCCCGGCCACCGGAGCCGUCUGGCCAAGGGCGCGCUUCUGCAGCGCUCCAAGAGCUGCCGCAGUGGCAACAGGAAAAGCCUGGUGGUGGGGACGCCCUCACCCACCCUCUCCCGACCUCUGUCCCCACUCUCUGUGCCUACAGCUGGCAGCAGCCCCUUAGAUAGUCCUCGGAACUUCUCGGCCAGCACGACUGUAAACUUCCCCUUUGCACGAAGUCAUGGGCCUCGGACUGACAGGGCUGAUGGCCGGAGAUGGUCCCUUGCUUCCCUCCCCUCCUCAGGCUAUGGGACCAACACCCCCAGCUCCACUGUCUCGUCAUCCUCAUCUUCCCGAGAGCGGCUGCACCAGCUGCCAUACCAGCCAACGCCAGACGAGCUCCACUUUCUUUCCAAGCACUUUCGCAGCUCAGAGAGCAUCGUGGAUGAAGAUGGGGGCCGCCGCUCUCCCUGCAUGCGGCCUCGCUCCCGCAGCCUCAGCCCCGGGCGAACCACAGGAGCCUUUGACAGUGACAUUGUCAUGAUGAAUCAUGUCUACAAGGAGCGAUUUCCCAAGGCCACUGCACAGAUGGAGGAGCGGCUGCAGGACAUCAUCACUACCUUCUCCCCCUCCAACACCCUGGCCCUGGCCGAUGGCGUCCUGAGCUUCAUUCACCACCAGAUAGUGGAGCUGGCUCGAGACUGUCUGGCCAAGGCCCGGGAGGACCUGGUCACCUCCCGUUACUUCUUGGAGCUUCAGGAAAAGCUAGAGAAGAUGCUGCAAGACGCCCACGAGCGCUCAGAGAGCCAGGAGGUCUCCUUCAUCGGCCAGCUGGUUCGGAAGCUCCUGAUUGUCAUCUCCCGGCCUGCGCGUCUCCUGGAGUGCCUGGAAUUUGACCCUGAAGAGUUCUACCACCUCCUGGAAGCAGCGGAAGGACAUGCCCGGGUGGGUCAGGGCAUCAAGACAGACAUUCCUCGAUACAUCAUUGGUCAGCUGGGCCUCACCAAGGACCCUCUAGAGGAGAUGGUGCAGCUGGGUCCUCCGAAUGCUGGCUCCUCGACUGCACCUGAGGAUGGAGACCCACCGGAGAACCGAUCUCUCACUGUACCUUCCCGGAGGAAACCCUGUGAGAGUGACUUUGAGACCAUCAAACUGAUCAGCAAUGGGGCAUAUGGGGCUGUGUACCUGGUCAGGCAUCGAGAAACCCGCCAACGCUUUGCUAUCAAGAAGAUCAAUAAGCAGAACCUAGUGUUACGGAACCAGAUCCAGCAGGUAUUUGUGGAACGAGACAUCCUGACCUUUGCUGAGAACCCCUUUGUCGUCAGUAUGUUCUGCUCCUUUGAGACUCGGAGGCACCUCUGCAUGGUCAUGGAAUACGUGGAAGGCGGAGACUGUGCCACGCUGCUAAAGAACAUGGGCCCCCUUCCUGUGGACAUGGCCCGGAUGUACUUCGCAGAGACUGUCCUGGCUUUGGAGUAUCUUCACAAUUAUGGCAUCGUGCACCGGGACCUCAAGCCUGACAACCUGUUAAUCACAUCCCUGGGCCACAUUAAGCUAACGGACUUUGGGCUGUCCAAGAUUGGGCUGAUGAGUAUGACCACCAAUCUGUAUGAGGGGCACAUCGAGAAGGACGCCCGGGAGUUUGUGGACAAGCAGGUCUGUGGGACCCCUGAAUACAUUGCACCUGAAGUGAUCUUCCGGCAAGGCUAUGGGAAGCCGGUGGACUGGUGGGCCAUGGGUGUCAUCCUCUAUGAAUUUCUCGUGGGCUGUGUCCCUUUCUUUGGUGACACCCCCGAGGAACUUUUUGGCCAGGUCAUCAGCGAUGACAUCAUCUGGCCAGAAGGAGAUGAAGCACUCCCUGCUGAUGCUCAGGACCUGAUCACUAAGCUGCUGAGACAGAGUCCCCUGGACCGAUUAGGCACAGGUGGUGCCUACGAAGUGAAGCAGCAUCCCUUCUUCUUCAACCUCGACUGGACGGGUCUCCUACGGCAGAAGGCAGAAUUCAUCCCACAACUGGAGGCGGAAGAUGACACUAGCUACUUUGACACUCGAUCAGAACGGUACCGCCACCUGGGGUCAGAGGAUGAUGAAACAAAUGAUGAGGAGUCGUCUACAGAAAUCCCCCAGUUUUCUUCCUGCUCACACCGGUUUAGUAAGGUUUAUAGCAGCUCUGAAUUCCUUGCUGUUCAGUCACACUUUUCCGAGAGAAGCUAUAGUGAGGACAAGGAGGAGAGGUCAGAGAGAUGGGACCGGGCUUCGGGCGAGGAGGAGAAGACUCGCCCUUUGAGCACAGAGGUCAGGCUGAGGUCCUGGACGUCGUCCGGCUCGCUGCGGCACUCCUCGUCUUCAUCCUCCCAGCCUGAGCGGAGCCAGAGCCCCUCGGCCCUGAGCACCACUUACAGCCUGGACCCCAUGCCCAAGUUUGCCUUCUCUUCCGAGGACGAAGGCCCCAGCCAGGGGCCGGCCAAACCCGAGAGGCCCAUUUUUGUGCUGGGGGACCCCGAGGAGCUGGCGAGAGAAACGGCCAAGGCGUCUGCCCUCACGGCAGACGUUUCGAGCCUCAACCAUGUCCGAUUACGGAGUAAUAGUACCGGGGCGAAGAACUCCACACCUCGGGCCCUGGAAGGUGGUGGGCCGGGCCGGCGCCUGGGCGGCCAGAAGGAAACACCGGAGAAACAGAAGACAUCCCCUGGGGGAGGCCGGGUGCCCAAAUCGGCCUCUGUCUCCGCCCUCUCCCUAGUCAUCACCUCAGACGACUGCAGCAGUGGGGCCCUCAUGAGUCCCAUCUCCCCCCAUUCCCUCUCCUCCAACCCCUCCUCCCGGGACUCCUCCCCGAGCCGAGACUCCUCCAUCGGCAUCACCAGCCUGCGGCCCCCCAUCAUCAUCCACAGCUCCGGGAAGAAGUUCGGCUUCAGCCUGAGGGCCAUCCGUGUCUACAUGGGCGACAGCGAUGUCUACACGGUGCACCACGUGGUCUGGAGCGUGGAGGAGGGCAGCCCAGCCCAAGAAGCCGGCCUGCGGGCAGGAGACCUCAUCACCCACAUCAACGGGGAGUCCGUGCUGGGCCUGGUUCAUAUGGAUGUGGUGGAGCUCCUACUGAAGAGCAACAACAAGAUCUCCCUCAGAACCACGGCCCUGGAGAAUACCUCCAUCAAGGUUGGGCCAGCCCGCAAGCACAGCAACAAAGGCAGGAUGGCCCGGCGCGGCAAGAAAAGCAGGAAGCGCGAGAGUCAGGACAGGAGAAAAUCUCUCUUCAAGAAGAUCUCCAAGCAGUCCACGAUGCUGCACACGAGUCGGAGUUUCUCAUCUGGACUCCACCACUCCCUGUCUUCCAGCGAGAGCCUUCCCGGCUCUCCUACCCACAGCCUGUCCCCAGGCCCUGCCACCCCCUGCCGCAGCCCCGCUCCCGAUGCCCCCCCAGAUACGGUGUCUCCACAGAGCACUUCCCCCUCGUCCAGCACGCCCACCUCCCCGGCGGGCCACAUCCGGCCCAGCUCCCUGCACGGCCUGGCUUCCAAGUUGGGGGGCCCGCGCUAUAAAGUCGGCCGCCGGAAGUCGACGAGCAGCAUCCCUCCAUCGCCGCUGGCCUGUACGCCCUCGCCGGGACCCCAGCCCCCAUCGCCCCAGAGAUCUCCGUCUCCUUUACCGGGUUACCCCAAAAACCCCCCCCGGUCCCCCCUCCUGAAGCGAGGGCUGUCUGCUGACAAAAUAGGCACGGGGAGCCGGGGCAGAGACUGGGCCGGAGACAGGCACGACAGGGACCAGGAGGUGGUGGUCAUGCGACGCCUGAACCUGUCUGAGCGUCGAGACUCGUUCAAAAAGCAAGAGGCCGUCCAGGAGGUGAGCUUCGACGAGCCCGAGCCCCCGGGGGACGAGGGCCCUCGCGGGCAGGAGGGCCGGGCCGAGCCCAGGGGGCCGCGGCCGGGGGCGCGAGAGCAGAAGCCGCCCCCCGUGCCCCAGAUCGCCGUGCAGGGCUCCGAGGGCGACGUGCACGAGCCGGGCUCGGCCGAGUGGGAGUGCCAGGGCUCUUACCCCCCACUCCAGCUGCUGGCCAAGGUCUACACCGAGCAGACGGAUGGGACCAAGGCGGUGGAGUACAAGAGCCUGUCGGCCCAGCGGCGGGGCAGCAGGGACCUCCGGGACUUGAGCUCGGUGGGGCAGCAGCAGCCCCCCAGGGCCGGCCGGGCUCUUCGGGCCCCCCUGCAGGCCGCCAAGUCCCUGCCCAUCCUCCAGCUCUCGGGAGGCCAGGAGCGGGCAGGACCUGAGCCUCGGACUCCCAGAGCGAGUCAGCGAGAUGCCACGGGGCCGUCGAGGAAGAAGGACGGGGAUCGGCGCUAGAAGCCGAGUCCGUGGUGGGAGUCGCAGGAAGAGGGCCCCCCACCCACCCCAUCCCACCCACUCUGCAUCUGCCUCUCGGGUCUGAGUUGAUGCGUGUGUCCCGUGACGGGUGCGGGAGAACCUCAGGAAGAGCGAGCCUUUGGAACAUGCGUAGCCCUUAAAAGACAAAAGCAAGCACAACCCAGACCCAGAACAAGGAAACAUUGACUCGCGAGAACCACAACAAGUGUUUUUCUACAAACUGGAAAGAAGUCUCCUUAUUUUUGUAGCGUGCAGGAGCUGGGGGGUGAGAGGAGGCCGGCCCCGGCCGGUCGGGCUCAUUGUAAAUAGCCUCGGAAGCAGAUCCCUAAAAUUAAUUUAUUACUUUUAUAAGCUAAGAUGAGAUGUGAGCACAGAGCUUCUGUGAAGGCACUUUGGCCCUGGAUCCCUCCUGUCCAUGGUUUUCUAUGGGGGGUUGUGUGGGGCCAGGGGCUGUGUGGUUUUUAACUUCCUGAGAUGGCGGUGUUGACCCGGGCUCACUCCAGAGCGGGCAGUGACGCCGUUGGGGCAGGACGUGGCCGUGGGCAGCAGGGGGGAGGGAUCUCUUCCCGGCCCCACUUGACUAUGGAAUUGUGGGAGCAGCUGCUCGAGGGCAGCCCGAAGGUCUGUCUCACCAGAGGUGUCUGGAUGGCGCUGUGUGGCUCAGAUGCACUAGAACCUCCCAGAGAAGUGGCCCAGUUUUCUCCUUCUGCAAGAUGCCCCCAGCCCCGUGCCCGUGCCCAGCAGCAUUGGCUAGAGCCACACAUUUCCCUCUACUGCCUGUUGGGGACUGUAGCUGCUGCCGCAGGCCUC